CAACACAGCACCGGAUAUACUGCCCCCACAUUCCACAACCAUUUUUCUUUCUUUUUUUCUUUUCCUCCUGCUUAUCUAUCACCAUCUGUUAGAUAUACUGUUGUCAAUUGGCAUCUGGUGCUAUCCUUUCCUUUUAUCGUUGGCCUUUUACCGCACCUCUGGAUAGACAGCGCAUUUCACUUUUAUUUCUCAGGCUACAGGAUCUACUCCGUUGUUUAAUGGUCAGCAGCUUAUCUCAUGAUCCACUCUCAAACCGCUUGCUCUACAGCAAUGCUGAAUCUAUAAGCCAGGUGGAAGGGACACAAGGAGCACUAUCCUCAGUUCCACGCACAAACCAGGGCAAUCAUCAAUCACGCCAAUUACGGCAGCUGAACUCGCAUGAUGGGUCUUUACACAACAGCAGCAACACUCUGACCAACUCUCGUCACUCGUGCGGGAAUGCAUCACCUCUUGCACUUGAGGUCCAUGAGAUUGAUGAAGAUGAAUAUGACGAUGACGAUGACGAUGACGAUGAGAAUGAGGCAAGCGAAACUCAACCUGUGCUGAUCAAGUCCUCACGAUCAAAAGUAGGAAACAGAAAGCCUGUGCUAGAGGAUUCUGUAUAUGAUCGAUGUGUACAGUGCCUUCAUCUGGAAGAAGAAGACGUGGAACUGAUGUUUACAGGAUACAGAUUUCUUCAAGUUCGGAUCUACUUGUACUAUAUCAUCUGUGUUCUGAGUGGUGGAGUCAUUUUUCUACUUGGACGAUGGAUGCCUCAGUACUAUAUCUCUUUUGUGACAGAGAAAUGUGCCAUGAGCCUUGCAGAGAUUGUGGUGAUUGAAAACGAGUGGGGCCAAAUGGUUAUAGAGCGUGUAUAUACCAAAUACUAUGGUGGACUCAUGAGCUCUGUCUUCAGUCCGGAACAAAUGGAGAAACCGUUCGAUAACGAGGAGCUCAAUAAUGACACAGAGUCAUCCGCAGUAUUGCACGAUAUGCGAUACUUUGACUACCAGUACAUUCGAUUUAUUUACAAUCCGCAGGCACAUGUGUUCAUGCAAAACUCGCACUGGAAGGAUUCAGAGUGGAAGAGUAUUGCUAGAUGUGGGCGCGGACUUGAAAGAGAGAUACAUCAGGAUAGAUUAUUGGUGUUUGGGCCUAAUCUCAUUGACGUUCAAGAAAAAACGGUUGGGCAGUUAUUAGUUCAAGAAGUGCUUCACCCAUUCUACAUCUUUCAAGUGUUUUCUAUGAUACUUUGGUUCAUAGAUGAUUACAUUUACUAUGCGGGAUGUAUUCUCGUCAUAUCAACCGUAUCAGUCGUUACAGAGUUGAUCGAGACCAAGAAGACAAUGAGAAGGAUGCGCAAUAUGUCCAAGUUUACCUGCAAUGUCAAGGUGUUUCGAACAGGCAUUUGGCGGUAUAUUGGAUCAGAUGAAUUAGUGCCAGGAGACGUUUUUGAGACUACGGAUUCAGACCUUACAGUCUUCCCCUGUGAUGCUGUUCUCCUUACAGGCGAUUGUAUCGUAAAUGAGAGCAUGUUGACUGGGGAAUCAGUACCAGUAUCUAAGAUCCCAAUCACAGAGCAAGCACUACAGCUUUUGGAUUUAUCAAUGGCGAACAUUCCUUCGGACCUUGCUCGCUACUUUCUAUUCUCAGGGACAAAAAUCGUACGUGCACGGCCUGGAACUGUAGCACCAGCCAAGGUCCUCCGCCCUGAAGACGCAGAGCAUGGGAUGAGUCAACCAGCACGGGGUUUAGCUAUGGUGGUACGGACAGGGUUCAAUACAACAAAGGGUACACUAAUUCGGUCCAUGUUGUUCCCUAAACCCAACGACUUCCAGUUCUAUCGCGAUUCUUUUCGUUUCAUUGGUAUUCUUGCUUGUAUUGCUGUUUGUGGUUUUAUGGUCUCGACAGUCAAUUUCAUCAGGAUGGGUGUACCAAUUAAACUCAUGAUCAUCAAGGCAUUGGAUUUAAUUACGAUUGUUGUGCCACCUGCUCUCCCCGCAACAAUGUCCAUCGGCACAAGCUUUGCCAUUGCGCGUUUAAGAAAAUCCAAUAUUUUUUGUAUCAGCCCUACGAGGGUGAAUAUUGGCGGCAAAAUCAACUGCAUGUGUUUCGACAAAACUGGAACCCUGACAGAGGAUGGCUUGGAUGUGCUCGGUGUUCAGUGUGUCGAUAUUGAGACCAAUAUGUUUGGAGCCAUGUUUGUACAGGUCGAAGAGUUGAGGAGCGCGUCAGACUCCAUGCAGGAUUGGCCUACCUCCUUCCUACAUGCAAUGGCUACAUGUCACUCUGUCAAAUCGGUGGGAGGUGAGCUUAUUGGCGAUCCUUUAGAUCUCAAGAUGUUUGAUUUCACUCGAUGGGUUCUAGAAGAAGGUGGCCUCGGCACAAGGACGUCGAGUGUUUCAGAAACGGGUCAGCGUCCAGGAAAAAGUUCGAGCGGAAUUGUGUCUACAGUCGUUCGGCCUCCAGGAGCAAAGCAGUUUGAUCUCAACGAAGUCCUUUCCCAUCGCCCAACUGAGAUGAACGAAACCGAAACUUUUCUGGAGUUGGGUAUCAUUCGUUGUUUUGAAUUCGUCUCUUCUCUUCGCCGCAUGAGUGUUAUCGUAAAGAAGUUGCAUAGCCCGGGCAUGGAUAUAUAUGUCAAGGGCGCUCCAGAGGCGAUGAUUGAUAUAUGCUUGAAAGAUACGCUGCCAUUUGACUAUGCGGAGCGACUAUCCUAUUACACCCAUCAUGGCUAUCGUGUUAUCGCAUGCGCUACUAAAUCUAUGCCAACAUUAAACUUCAUUCGCGCCCAACGUGUUAAGCGAGAGCAGAUGGAAAGUGAAUUGACGUUCCUUGGCUUCAUUGUUUUUGAGAACAAGCUCAAGCCGACUACAGCAUCAGUGAUCACCACUCUAACCAACGCGUGCAUCCGACAAGUAAUGUGCACUGGAGACAAUGUUUUAACUGCUAUCAGUGUCUCGAGAGAAUGUGGCCUAAUUAGUAGGACAAAGCAGGUUUAUGCGCCAAGAUUCAUGUCUGGGGAGCCGACUGCAGAGAACCCCAAGGUUAUAUGGGAGAACAUCGAUGACAGUCGCAAAACACUAGAUUCAUUAACACUCAAACCGGCCUUUAGUAACGUAGAUGAAGCUGUUGUUGGGUAUGAAUACCCAGUGUAUCCUGAAAUGAUGGAUGACUACGUCUUAGCAGUGACUGGUGAGUGUUUCCGUUGGAUGGUUGACUAUGCUUCAACCAUGACCUUAAACAGGAUGCUUGUUAAAGGUCAGAUAUUCGCGCGUAUGUCUCCGGAUGAGAAACACGAGCUUGUCGAAUGCCUUCAAGCAAUUGGUUACUGUGUGGGGUUCUGUGGCGAUGGAGCAAAUGAUUGCGGGGCUCUCAAGGCGGCGGAUGUUGGUAUCAGUCUGAGUGAGGCUGAAGCAUCGGUUGCAGCGCCAUUCACGAGUCGAUCGAACGAUAUUGAAUGUGUUGUGAAAGUAAUCCAAGAGGGUCGUGCUGCUUUGGUGACAAGCUUUAGCUGCUUCAAAUUUAUGGCACUUUAUAGUAUUAUUCAAUUCACGACCGUCAGCUUUCUAUAUGCGUUUGCUUCCAACUUGGGUGACUUCCAGUUCCUUUAUAUCGAUUUAGCGCUCAUCCUUCCCGUCGCUGUGUUUAUGGGUCGCACGGAAGCCUUCCCGAUGUUGAGUCCAAAGCGGCCCACUGCCAACUUGGUGUCAAAGAAGGUCUUGACAUCUCUAAUUGGACAGAUUCUCAUUCAAGGACUCUUUCAAACGAUGCUUUUUUGUAUUGUUCGUCAGCAGCCCUGGUACAAGCCGCCUAAAUAUGAGCGUGGAGCGAAGAACAUCGAAGGCUUUGAGAAUACCAGUCUGUUUUUCCUGUCGAUCUUUCAAUAUCUACUUAUCGCGGUUGUAUUCAGUGUGGGCCCCCCAUAUCGCAAGCCUAUGAACUCUAAUCGUCCAUUUCUUGUUAUCUUGGUUGGACUGACUGUCCUUUCACAAAUGAUAGUUCUUCUUCCUCCACAAUGGCUGUCGAGCAUUUUGCAACUGGUCGACAUCCCCUUGAGCUUUCGAUACUUUAUCGUGUUUAUGGCCGCCGUCAACCUAGGUAUUGCAAUGGUCUGUGAACGCACUUUCUUCCCUUUGAUUGCCUCUGCGAUCGGAAGCUUGCUUGCUCGUCGGAAUUCGAAUGCGAAGCAACAGCAGCCUCCAUACCAGCCUCAUCGACAAAUUGAAAUUGAGCCUGCAUAUUCUUCGUUGAAUACUCCGCCUUUGUCCUCAUGCUCAAUCUCGGGUUUUGCAGAGCCAGAAACGGCAGUGGGACGGGCAAGUGGUGGUGCUAAGUCUAAGCCUGUAAAGACAUCGGAGCAGACGACUAAAAUAUACAAGCAGGUAGAGCGAGAGAUGAAUCAGAUUUGACGAAUAUACAGACUGUGGACGUCUUCCUCUAGAGUGAGCAAAGAAGGUUUUGCGACAGUUGUAGUAAAUCCAAUAUAGCAGUUAUUGUACAUGUUAGUUUUUUUUCUUGGUCUCAUGCGGAUAUCGCUUUCCCUCUUUAAUGAGGCAAUGAUGAGUUAGUUGGCCUUCAUCUAUAAAGUUUGUUAAUGGCAAUAUCCGUGCGCC